AUGUCACCAUCAGAUUCUAUUUGGACUUACUAUAAUAAACUUGGAUAUGUAUCUGUUGAUAUAUUAGAGUCUAUAGCAUGUGCAGAAGAAAAAUCUAUCAAUGAGAUUUUGCAACUAGAUGAUAUUGAAAUGUGGGAUCCAGUUGGAGAAGAGAAAGUUUUAUCUGAAAAAACUGAUAUGGAAGAUUCUGAAAGAAAUAGUGUGAAAAAUUCCAAAGAAAGUGAGGAAGAAGAUAUUAGUGAAUCAGAGUCUGAAUCAGAAGAAUUGGAAAGUGAAGAGGAAUAA